AUGCUAAGAAGACAAGCUCGUGAGCGUAGGGAAUACCUGUAUCGUAAAGCGCAAGAGCUUCAAGAGUCACAGCUUCAAGAAAAGCGUCAAUUGAUCAAGCAGGCACUUGCACAAGGGAAGCCUUUACCAAAGGAUAUAGCAGAAGAUGAGCAACUCCAAAAGGAUUUCCAGUACGAUCAAACAGUGCAAGAAACCAUAGAUGAUGAAUAUAGUGCUACUAGUGGUAUCGCUGAGCCCAAAGUUAUCGUUACAACGUCUAGAGAUCCAAGCACGAGGCUAUCACAGUUUGCAAAAGAGAUUAAGCUAUUAUUCCCCACUGCAGUGCGUCUUAACAGAGGUAAUUAUAUCAUGCCAAGUUUAGUCGAAGCGUGUCAAAAAUCAGGUACCAGUGACUUGGUUGUAUUGCACGAGCAUAGAGGUGUGCCCACGUCAUUAACAGUAUCCCAUUUCCCACAUGGGCCAACUGCCUUUUUCACAUUGCAUAACGUUGUACUAAGACAUGACAUUUUAAACGCUGGAAACCAAAGCGAGGUUAAUCCACAUUUGAUUUUUGAUAAUUUCACAACGCCUUUAGGUCAGAGAGUAGUGACAAUUUUGAAGCAUAUGUUCCCACCAGGUCCUAAGAAAGAUUCUCCCCGUGUCAUUACAUUUGCCAACCGUGGAGAUUUCAUCAGUGUAAGGCAACAUGUGUAUGUCAGAACUAGAGACGGUGUAGAGAUGGCCGAAGUGGGACCACGUUUCGAGAUGAGGCUAUUUGAGUUAAGAUUGGGGACACUGGAAAAUAAAGAUGCAGAUGUAGAGUGGCAACUAAGGCGGUUUGUUAGGACUGCAAGUCGUAAGGAUUAUCUGUAA